UCUGGCAACCCUCUGAUCAGUGUUUGCAUUUGCUGAGGGGAUUUUGUUUUUGUCUAAUUGUUUAAUGGCAAACUAUUUAUUAAACCGACACCAUGGCUGAGAAAUUCAAUGGAUUUAGCCACGAUGAAAUCCUCAAAAUAACCGGAGUAAAGGAGGGAACCAAUGGAGGCGGGAAACGAGCCGCAAACUUAGAAGCAGCUAAGCAGGCGCUCCGGAAUCAACCCGGCAUACGCCGGAUGCCCGACAAGAUCUUUCGACAAGCGGACCAGUUGCGAAAACAACAGCAGCCACCACCAGAGAAGAAGACACAAAAAUCUCAAGAGCUGGCGAACAAGGCCAAACUGGGAGCUGGAACUCCCACGGUAAAUCCAACUCCAGCAGAUGAUGUCGUCACCGUUGCGACAGACAAAUCACUGGACUUGGAGCGACCGUUAUCGGACUCCCUAAUGGCAGCACUCUAUCAUGGCCAUGAACCGAAACCCCCAUCUCGUUCCACUGCCACGUAUGCGGAUGCUGCUGGCGAGAGCAGCGAGACAACUGACGACAGUUCUAUACUGAAGAUAAGCAACGGAAGCGGCAGCAAUGGAUCGACGGACGAUGCCAGCAUCUUGCCAAGUUCAAAGGACUCUGUAUCGCGCAACAGCGAUCGUCUCAACACGGACUCGCCCUUCAAGGGUAUCUCGCUUAAGGAUUUUGAGCAGCAUCGCAAGAUGAUCGAGGAGCAGAACAAACAGAAGAAGCAGAUGCUCUACCAGGCCAUUGAACAGCACACGCAGAAGACGGCGGCGGAAUCUCGGAAGAUUGAGGAAAUACGCCACGAGCUGUCCAAGCUGGAGAGUGAUCUUGCAGUGGACGUGGCUCUGCUUCGAAAACAGAUUGACAAUGCCUGCAUACAUUUUUCCACAGUGGAAAAACAAUAUGUGAAGAUUGAAGCUCAAUUUCUGAAGGCCAAGAUGGACUUACACCAGGCCUCUGAGAAGAAGGAGCUCCUUACUGAGCACCUGUGCACGGUUAUUGCUCACAACGAGGAUCGCAAGGCCCAAAAGCUCACAGAACUCAUGCAGAAAGUAGGCCUUUCGCCCUCUGAUGAUUCCCCUGCCACCCCUCCAAACCAGAGCUCCUAAACUAACUGCCCAAUAGAACUAUUUCUGGCGUAAAUUUGUUUGUACCUUGUUUAGCUAUAUUGGAUUAGAAUCCACAUCUAAUGCAGGCCUGAUUUAUAUGUUCUACUUUUCCAAAGCAAUUUCCUGAGUGCUCUCUCUAAUAUUAUUAUUGUAUUAAUGUUCGUAGGUUAAGCAGA